AAACAGUGUAAUAAAUUAAACAGGGGCGGGGCAGAAGAAUCGUCAAAAUGAAGAAAGAAAAAUGUAGAUAAAUUUAAAUAGGAGGCAAAAGGGUCGUCCAAGUCAACUCAGUAAACAAACAAUGGCGAGAAAGUCAUCCAAAAAACCACGGACCUCCGCUGCAAACACACGCGAGAGUCCCCAGUCCACUUAUACCGCUUCUCCUCAGCCGGCAGAGGCGAGAGGAGGUUUUGGGUCAUUGGAUGACGACGAUGAGGAAAUGGUUAACCUCACCACUCCAAGUGCAAUGGAUAGUGAGAACAAAGUACCGGGUUCACUAUCAGUGACCCUAACCGACCCGGAAGUUUUAGAUUGCCCUAUUUGCUUGGAACCUUUAAUCCCCCCAGUAUAUCAGAUGCACAACAACUGCGGAAGCUGCAGUUGUCCCAUUGGCUCCUCUCGAUGUCGAGCCAUCGAGAGGGUCCUCGACUCGGUGCGAGUCCCAUGCCCCAACGCCCUGCAUGGGUGCACAGAGUCCCCAGUCUAUAACGAAAAGCUCAACCAUGAGAAGACGUGCCGCCACUCACCCUGUUCUUGCCCCCACCCCGACUGCUCCUACACGGGCCUCCCCUCCUCAGUCUACUCCCAUUUUGCCACCAUUCACCCCACCUCGUCAAAGCUCUUCUUCACGAACUCUAAGAUCCAUGUCUCCUUGGGACCCGACCAGGGGUAUGUUUUCCUGCAGUACGAACUCGAUGACACGCUUUUUGUCCUCAGCCGCAAGUCCCUCAGCAUCGGGAGCGCGGUUGCUCUCUAUUGCAUUGGACCCAUCUCAUCCGAGAGGAAAUUUGUGUACGAGGUUGUGGCAGUGGAUGGUGUGGGUUUUGUGAAGCUGAAGGCUCUGGCUGAGACGAGAGCGGUUUGGCUCAGGGGACAGCUUCCUGGCAACAAGAUUCUUUUCGUGCCCAAGGAUUUUGUGGGUGCUGACGGGAAGCUACAGCUGGAGGUUACCAUUACGAGGGCUAAGCUAGAGCUGGAGUCCAUUACGAGGGCUAAGAAUUACAAGCCCAUUUUCUACGAAUCCGACGAGUUUGACUGCUAA